CCCUGCCCCUUAGCGCCUAACUUUUUAAUUUUUUUUUAUUAUCAAUUUUGUUUUUCGCCCCCUUGUUCCCCCUCGGCCGCUUUCUCGCAUGAAUCUCCUCGACCCUUUCAUGAAAAUGACAGAAGAACAGGACAAAUGUAUCUCCGACGCCCCCAGCCCCACCAUGUCGGAUGACUCCGCCGGCUCCCCCUGCCCCUCUGGAUCCGGCUCGGACACGGAGAACACCAGACCCCAAGAGAACACCUUCCCCAAGGGCGACCCGGACCUGAAGAAGGAGAACGACGAGGACAAGUUCCCGGUGUGCAUCCGGGAGGCGGUGAGCCAGGUGCUCAAGGGCUACGACUGGACCCUGGUGCCGAUGCCGGUGCGGGUGAACGGCUCGAGCAAGAACAAACCGCACGUCAAGAGACCCAUGAACGCCUUCAUGGUGUGGGCGCAGGCGGCCCGCAGGAAGCUGGCGGAUCAAUACCCGCAUCUGCACAACGCCGAGCUCAGCAAGACCCUGGGCAAGCUCUGGAGGCUGCUGAACGAGAGCGAGAAGCGCCCGUUCGUGGAGGAGGCCGAGCGGCUGCGGGUGCAGCACAAGAAGGACCACCCCGACUACAAGUACCAGCCCCGGCGGAGGAAGUCGGUGAAGAACGGGCAGGCGGAGCAGGAGGAGGGCGCGGAGCAGACCCACAUCUCCCCCAACGCCAUCUUCAAGGCGCUGCAGGCGGACUCGCCCCAAUCCUCCUCCAGCAUCAGCGAGGUGCACUCGCCCGGGGAGCACUCGGGCCAGUCCCAGGGGCCCCCCACGCCCCCCACCACCCCCAAGACGGACGCCCAGCCGGGCAAGCAGGACCUGAAGCGCGAGGGCCGCGCGCUGGGCGAGGGCGGCCGGCAGCCACCGCACAUCGACUUCCGCGACGUGGACAUCGGCGAGCUCAGCAGCGACGUCAUCUCCAACAUCGAGACCUUCGACGUCAACGAGUUCGACCAGUACCUGCCCCCCAACGGGCACCCCGGCCAGGUCACCUACACGGGCACCUACGGCAUCAGCGGCGCUGCGGGAGUUUGGAUGUCCAAGCAGCAGCAGCAGCAACCGCCAGCGGCGCAGCUGCCGGCGCUGAGCGCGGAGCAAGGCCCCCAACAACAACAACAGCAGCAACAGCAGCAAAGGACCCACAUCAAGACAGAGCAGCUGAGCCCCAGCCACUACAGCGAGCAGCAGCAGCACUCCCCGCAGCAACAGCAGCAACAGCAGCUGAGCUACAGCUCCUUCAACCUGCAGCACUACAGCUCGUCCUACCCCAGCAUCAGCCGUGCGCAGUACGAGUACGGCGAGCACCAGGGCUCCUCCUCGGGCUCCUACUACAGCCACGCCGGGCAGGGAGGGGGGAUUUACUCCACCUUCAGCUACAUGAGCCCCACGCAGCGCCCCAUGUACACCCCGAUCGCCGACACGGCGGGCGUGCCCUCCAUCCCGCAGACGCACAGCCCGCAGCACUGGGAGCAGCCCGUCUACACGCAGCUCACCCGGCCCUAAGCCAGCGCAGAAGGCGCCGACGAAAAAGGCGAGGAGAAAAAAAAAAAAAGCGAGAAAAAAAAAUCUAAAAAAAACAAAAAAAUAAUAAUCAGAAACGAGCGAAAGCGGUGAGGAGUUGCCUCAGAGUGCGUGAGAUCUGAAUGAUGAUUAAAAAGACGCUGGCGCCUCGAGCCUUCUGCACUACAGCAUCCUCCCCCAAGCCCCCAAAUUUGGGACAGACUUGCCAAGGACUGGACUUGAACUCUGCUUCUUCCCAUGUGGAGAGGAGAUUUCCACCCAACACGCCCAGCUGGCUCCUUCUCUGGACUUUUGUAAUGAUUUUUUUUUUUUUAGCAGUAAUUAAAAGCGAGAUAAAAAAAUAAAAAUUAAAAAAAAAAGAAAAAAAAAAAGGGGGGGUAAAAGAGAAAACUCAGAGUCCUCUGUGAGGAAUAUUCUCUAUUUUAAAUAUUUUUAGUAUGUACUGUGUAUGAUUCGUUACCAAUUGUGAGGGGAUUUAUACCUAUUUUUUAGAGAUUUUUUUGAAAUGCUCUUAUUUUUCCAACAGCUAAAAAAAUUAAAAACAAAUGACACUUAGUGGAGCAGCCCUAGGUUUUCUUGCAGAGGUAUUUUUGUAUAGAGAAGUGUCUUUUUUGUGCUCUAAAAAUGAAACUAAACCAGCGUGCUCUGCCCUGGGAACCCAGCACUGGGGCAGGGACCAGCAUGGGAGAGGCUUUAUUUUUCUAACUCGUAGCAAAACCAGCCAGGAGGAGAACUUCACUUUAUUUUUUAAUAACCUUGAGCCUUAAAAGAAAAACAAAACAGAGGAGAAAAAAAAAAAAAAAAAAGU